AUGGAACCAGCUAUAUCGCUACCUAUUCCAAUGACUGCAGCCCUGGACGCUACAAGUCCUGCGUCUCCUCCUGAGCUUCCUCCUGUUGAUCUUGUGGGGUCCCAUGGAUUGACAGCAGUUCCAUAUAUAUUGUUUGUCGUUUCAAACCACAUAGCUAAUUGCAUAGAAUUCCCCCUCACAAAUGGAAGUGCACCCUGUCUUCUUAAUUGCAGAACCAAAAUAUUGUCAUAUGGGUCUUUUUUGUCAAGCCUCCAAGCUACUCCUGUUGUGGACUGGCAGCCAUCUUGAAAUAGCUCAUCCUUAAUUGAUAUAGGGACCCCUUUUAAUAGCCCGUCAGGCAAGUUUAAAGUCCUUCUUGAUGCAUCCUCAAAGACCUCUUCUGCUGUUAAAUUUAGGCGUCUGCCUAUAUCUCGAGCUCUUUCUAUAUAA